AUGACGCCUCGUCAUCACAAUUGCAGACUUCCCAGAUGUUCUAACAUCUGGCUUUUAGCUCAGCCUUCGGUGGUCACAAACAACAUUUUUUCUUCGAAUCAAAUGGUGGUCGCUAGUUGUACUUGGGGCUCUCAUAAUUUCAGGAUUGUGAUUGUUCAUGGAGCCAAUGACAUGGUGCUGCGUCGUCAGCUUUGGCAUGAUCUUAUGGUCUUUGCAGAUGGGAAAACGGUCUUCAUUAGGGACUUCAAUGCUGUUAGGGGCGCGCAUGAGAGGGUUAGUACAGCUACGCCGAAUCGGAGUUCUUGCCAAGAAUUCUGUGAUUUUAUUGACGAGACGAAGUUUGUCGAGUCUCCUUCCAUGGGAGUUCGUAUGACUUGGUCCGGGCGUAGAUUCCUUCCGAGGCAUAUUGAGUCGCGAUUGGACAGGGCUUUAUUUUCAACUGAAUUUGCUGCGAGCUGGACGGAUAUUAACACGCAUGCGCUUCCUCGUGUGACUUCGGAUCACUCCCCGCUGAUUUUUCAGUGCCGCUUGGACAUCCCUCCGGGAAGACGUUCUUUAAAAUUUUUUAAUAUGUGGCUAUUGCAUCCAGAGUUCCAGGAGAUGGUUUCUAACUCGUGGAGUAUUGAAAUGGAGACGCGAUGCCUGAUUUAUUGUGUCAUGGUCAAGCUUCGGAGGCUGCGUGGGGAGUUAAGAACGUGGAAUAAAGAUGUCUUCGGUCAUGUGGAUAUUCAAAUCUCGGAUCAUCAGUGGCAACUUUCGAAGGUUCAGAACAGUAUCUCGGUCCAGGGCUAUUCUGAGGAGUCAUUUGAUGAAGAGGUGGGAGCGCAGGCUGCGCUGAAUACUAUUUUGGCUAGAAAGCACAAUCUUCUUCAACAAAAAAGUAGGGCGCAUUGGUUGACUGAUGGUGACCGGAAUACUGAGUUCUUUCAUCGUCUUCUCAAAUUUCGUAAGAACAAUCUCCGUCUUGAGCAUUUGAGAAUCGGUGACACUGUUUCGUAUGAUCAGAAUGUUAUCCAGCAGCAUAUAGUGGAUUUCUUCUCCAAUCUUUUCAAGGAUGACACUCAUAAUCACGUGGACGUGACCUUGCUGGAGGCCAAUAUAGAUAGUUAUGUCUUGGAUGAUCACAAUGCCGCGCUCAUUAGAAUUUCGAAUGACGAGGAGAUUCACGCUGCCGUGUUCGGUAUGGACGCGAACAGUUCCCCGGGCCCAGAUGGGUUUUUGGGUGCUUUAUUUCAGAAUUGUUGGAACACGAUUAAGGGGGACGUGAUCACGGUUGUGAAGUUUUUUUUUAUCAACUCUUACUUGCCUGCUGGAUGUAAUGCUAAUACUUUGAUCCUCAUUCCGAAGAAGGAGACUGUGGACACUAUGGCGGACCUUCGUCCGAUUAUUUUGUUUAAUUUCUUUUUCAAAAUUAUCACCAAGAUCUUGGCCACGCGGCUCAAUAAAGUGGCAGCGGAUAAUGUGUCUCCAAAUCAAUUUAGUUUCAUUGGGGGUAGAUCUAUUCAUGACUGCAUUAUUUUGGGAUCGGAAGGCUUCAAUUGUAUGAAUCGUACUGGUCGCAAAUCGAACAUGGCUUGCAAGAUCGACAUUCGCAAGGCUUUUGACACUAUGAGUUGGGAUUUCAUUCUGAAAGUCCUCAAUGUCAAUGGGUUUCGCGAGAAUUUUGUGCUCUGGAUUUCCAUUAUCUUUAGCUCUGCUCGUAUCUCCAUUUUGUACAAUGGCCAGCUCAGUUGUUAUUUCCCUUGCUCGCAGGGUGUUAGACAGGGUGACCCGCUUCUCGCCUAUCUUGUUUGGUAUUGCGGAGGACGUGCUAAGUCAUAUCUUGCUGAAUUGUGUUCGUUCUCGCCAUCUGGUCCCCAUGGACUUCAGUCGGUUUUCUCACUUUCGAACCCAUCUGUUUUAUGCUAA